AUGGUCGCUCGUCGUCUCAAGUCUCCCCUCGUUGGAGCAACAGCCAGCUUUGCUGCCUCUCAGAAAGUUACAGAGAUCGUCAAGUCUGCCAUUGACGACAUCCGAGCCAAUGGAGACAAAGCCGUCCGGACCUGCUCCGAGAAGUUCGACAAGUGGGCUCCCGAGUCGUUCAAGCUAUCAGAUAGCCAAAUACAGGACAUCAUAUCCAAGGUUCCCGAGCAGACCAUCAAGGACAUCAAAGAGGCGCAGAAGAAUGUCCGCACCUUUGCUCAGGCACAGAGGGACUCCAUCAAGGACGUCGAGAUCGAGAGGGCAUACAUCCCCGGCGGCCGCUAUCCCCUCCUCGCCUCAGCACACAUGGCCAUCACAACCGCCAAGGUCGCCGGCGUCAAGCACUUCCUCGCCGGGCCCGGCAACGCCUUCGUCGCCGAGGCGAAGCGCCAGCUCUUCGGCGAGAUCGGCAUCGACCUCCUCGCCGGGCCGACCGAGACGCUCGUCGUGGCCGACGGCCACGCGGACCCCUUCACCGUGGCGACGGACCUGCUCUCGCAGGCGGAGCACGGGCCCGACACGCCCGCCGUGCUGAUCACGACGAGCGAGGAGGUCGCCAGGGAGUCCAUCCGGCUCGUCGACGAGCAGCUCAAGACGCUGUCCACGGCCGAGCUCGCGGCGACGUCCGAGCACGUCGAGAUUCUCACGCAGAAACCGAGGGAAGCUCUGGAGGAGAUGACGAAUUAUGGCGCAUUGUUCUUGGGCGAGAAGACUUGCGUGAGCUACGGUGACAAGUGCAUCGGCACGAACCACGUGCUGCCAACCCGAAAGGCGGGCAGGUAUACCGGCGGCCUUUGGGUGGGCAAGUACCUCAAGACGCAGACAUACCAGGAGGUUGUCUCUGAAAAGGCGAGCGGCGAGCUCGGUAGACUUUGCGGGCGGUGCGCCAGGGCAGAGAACUUCGAGGGCCAUGCGCGGUCGGGCGACCUCCGGAGUCAAUUAUAUCUCAAGGAUCAACACGACUGGAUCGAUCAAGCCCGAGCCUCGAAGCAGACCAAUGGGCACUGA